CCCGGCUCACUCCAGCGGCGACUUUGAGGGAUUCCCUCUCAGGCGGCCUCUGCAGCAGCACAUCUGGCCUCAUUCGCUGCACGGCGAGCAUGGAUCUCCGAGGAAGAGCCUUUUCCAGCGUCUAUAGACUUCGAGUUCUCCUGAUGCUGUUCCAUACAACGGCUGGAAUCAUGGCAGAACAAGAAGUGGAAAAUCUCUCAGGCCUUUCCACUAACCCUGAAAAAGAUAUAUUUGUGGUGCGGGAAAAUGGGACGACGUGUCUCAUGGCCGAGUUCGCAGCCAAAUUUAUUGUCCCUUAUGAUGUGUGGGCCAGCAAUUAUGUCGAUCUGAUCACGGAACAGGCCGACAUCUCCCUGACCCGAGGAGCUGAGGUGAAGGGCCGCUGUGGCCACAACGAGUCGGAGCUGCAGGUGUUCUGGGUGGAUCGCGCGUAUGCGCUCAAAAUGCUGUUUGUAAAGGAAAGUCAUAAUGCGUCCAAAGGACCCGAGGCGACGUGGAGGUUGAGCAAGGUCCAGUUUGUCUAUGACUCCUUAGAGAAGACCCAUUUUAAAGACGCAGUCAGUGCCGGGAAGCACACGGCCAACUCACAUCACCUCUCUGCCUUGGUCACCCCAGCUGGGAAGUCCUACCAGUGUCAAGCUCAGCAGACCAUUUCACUAGCCUCCAGCGAUCCACAGAAGACAGUUACCAUGAUUCUGUCUGCGGUACACAUCCAGCCUUUUGACAUCAUCUCUGAUUUUGUCUUCAGUGAAGAACAUAAGUGUCCGGUGGAUGAGCGGGAGCAGUUGGAGGAAACCUUGCCCCUGAUUUUGGGGCUCAUCCUAGGCCUCGUCAUUGUGGUAACACUGGCGAUUUACCACAUCCACCACAAAAUGACUGCCAACCAGGUGCAGAUCCCUAGGGACCAAUCCCAAUAUAAGCACAUGGGCUAGGGGCCAUUAGGCAGGCAGCCCCCAAAUCCCCCUAUCCCGGCUGGGUCAGGUAGAGAAACAAAAGCACUUUUCCACCUUGUACAUGGGAUACACCAACAUAGCUACAAUGCAACAGGCCUGGGUGUCCAAGGCUUGCUUGGCCUGCGUCCAUGCUUAAACCCAGGGAUGGGCAGGGGGGGAUUCUUUUGGAUUCAUGGGGUAAGUGGCAGACAUUCUCUCCACUCUGGGGAAUGAGGAGGGAGGGGUCAGCCAGGCUUCAUGCUCAUGGUGGCUUGGCUUUGACUCUCCAAGGAGCAACACAUACAACUCAGAGGAGUAUCUGGCUCGAAGUUUAGGGAUUGAAAUACACUUCUUUUGGAAAGACACCCCUUUGGGUUCAGAGAAAUAGGGGGUGCUUCGCUCCCUUGGCCUACCUUAUACAGUUGUCAAUGCACACAAAAUACAGCAUCAUGCUCUCUACAGCAAGACCCCUGAAAGUGAUCCUUGCUUCUGGCUGGCAUUCUGCAUGUCUAGUGAUUGUCUUGGGAAUGUUUCACUGCUACCUGCACCUGGUGACUUUGCAGCACAAGAACCUGUUUAAUGUAACUAUGCAGAGCUGUUCGGACUUCAUAAUGUGUCAGGUCCAAGUAAGGGGACCUGAAGAAUCAAUCAUGUGAGUUUGUUUUUCAAAAUGAAUUAAAACACA